CAAAUGGACAAGUGGGAUUCGGUGUGUCUGAGAGGUUUUAUUUAUCAGUUUCGUUAAAUUAGUGAUAUAUUUUAAAUACAAAUGAAAACAUGACACUCAGAGAUAAUCUCAAAGAUUUGGGAUGGCACUUAAGUCAAGAUGGUAUUGAUAUUAUUAGCGAAAAUGGUCAAAUACAAGAUGUAAAUAUCCUAAGCAGAAGAGCUUUAGAUUUUGACUUGAGAGAUAUUGGCGAUACAGCAUUUCCUGAAGAGUUUACUAAAGACCCAACUAAAUUGGAGAAGCCGAUAGUUGUUCAAAUUCAAAAGAUCAGAAAUGUAGCUGCACCUAAAGCCAAUGAAGAAUCAACUUCUGCCCCUCGGAUGUUAAAGCUUACGUUACAUGACGGAAAGUCAACAUGUGUAGGUCUAGAAACAAGUCCAAUCUCAAGUCUUAGUAUUAAUACACCACCCGGAACAAAAUUGCUACUGAAGAAUGAGGAUCUAGAAGUCUGUCAUGGAGUAAUAUGGUUAACACCAGCUGUUAUAUCAGUUUUGGGAGGAAAAGUUUCGCUCAUGAUUGAAAAAUGGGAGCUUAAUCGUAGUCUAGCUAAACAUACAAGGGGUGGUAUAGGAGUAGAUGGUGGUCCACCUCCUUGGAUAGCUUUUGGACAAAGACUGGAAGCUUUGCCUAUAGACAAACAAUUUAAGAGUUUGCAGGAAGCAGCAAAACAAGAUAAUGCCGAAUUUGAAGCCCAGAGGAAAGGAGCUAUUGCAGAGGCACAAAGAAUGUCUGGUGUCAAAAAAGUGUUUGGAGGAGGAACUAAACCACUGUUAGAUGCAAAUGUGCAGAAAAUUGUCGAUGCGGGUUUCUCUGAGGAACAGGCAGAAAAUGCCCUUAAAUAUACAAAAAAUAAUGUUGAGAGGGCCCUUAGAAUAUUGCAAAAAAGAGACAAUUCAGAAAAUAGAAGUAAAGAGAAACCAAAAGAACCAGAUCAACCAAAAAGGAAAGGAAGAAACAAGGAUAUUAAUGAUGAAGAUGGUAUACCAGUUAAGCCAUCUGGAAAAGUUUCAUUGUUUGAUUUCUUAGAAGAUAAAUUGCCCAACGUACCAGAUAAAGACAAGAAUAGUCGUAGAGAAUAUAAUACACCACCAGAAGAUAGAGGUGAUAGAGGGUAUGGAAAUAGAGACCGAAACAGUGCCAAAAACCACUCUCGAUCACAUGGGUCUAGAUAUGAUGGUCCAAGGCAUAGAUCAGAUAGGGGCCACUAUUCGAAUGACAGUUAUCACAAUUCACACAGAGAGGAUAGAAAAUACCAAACACAGAAUGAAAAACCACCAAGAUUUCAGAAGAAGUUAGAUGAAAAGAAUAAACAACAACAGCCAGCUAAUUAUAUAAAUAAUAUGAAUUUACAUUAUAACAAUGCUUAUCAGUCUCAUAACCAGUAUCCUGAAAUUAAUAUGAGAAAUGAAGGGAACUUCAAUGACAAUAAUAUGAAUCAGCCACCUGGCUUCCGUAAUAAUUUAACCCCCAUGGAUAACUUAGUUGAUGCUACAGCUAAUUUAAACUUACUUUCAAGUCAAACACGGUCUAGUGAGGAACUAUCACCUGGUAGAAAUUAUCAAAAUUAUCCUGAACAAGCUUAUCUUCCGAAACAGUCAUAUAUGCAAAAUCAGAAUAUGCCAGACGUACCACCAUUUAGGAGAAGCAAUGAAGUGCAAAAGUAUCAGGAUCAGCAGUAUCAACGUAGGCAGCAACAAACAGCACAGCAGCAGCAACAGCAUAAUGGAUAUAUGGAGCCUCAACAGAACCCCAUCUAUUCAAAUAUGAACUAUAUGAGUGGGACUCAAGGUGGCUUCAGUGGACGUCAAUAUGGUUAUGGUUCUCGGCCUCAAGAAUUUAACACAAUGCGCACUGGAGGACCAUUCUUGCCAGGAUCUCUACUUGGUUUCCAGAACGCAGCUGUAAAUGAGCAAGCUCGAGCUAUGCUUGGUGUUGCUGAUAUAAAUUGGAAAGUUGGUGAUCGUUGUCUUGCCCUAUAUUGGGAAGAUAAUAAUUUUUAUGAAGCAGAAAUUACUGGUAUUUCAGCUAAUACAGUUGUAGUUAAAUUUUGUGCAUAUGGUAAUCAUGAAGAAGUUUUGAAGUCUAACUGUUUGCCAUACCCUAACCAAGCUGCAUCAGGCAGUGCGGCGUACCCAACCCGGCGGCCGUAGGGGCGCGGGGCGGCGGCUCCGCAUGAUGCGCACGAGACGCACGACGCGCACGAAGCGCACGACGCUUACGAAGCGCACCUCGCGCACUACGCGCUCAUUGCGCACCAAGUGCCCGCCGCCGCCACCCCCAGCUGACGAAACCGGGCUCCGCACCAAUACCACGCGCCUCGCGAUCGUCACUGCGCGUUAUUUACCAUUCUAUAAGUUUUUUUAAUAUCAGUGUUCUGCAUCUCUGUCUAAUGUACAUAUUAUUGAAUAUUUUCACUAUGAAAACUGCCAGUAUAACUUUUGGUAAAUGUGACUUCAAAUGAUUAAAUAUCAUAUGUACAUUAUUAUAUUUUGGAAAGUUCGGUUGUUAUUAAAUUUGAUAAAUUACGAAUUUCAUUAAAGUAUUAUAAUAGUGGUAUAUUAUAUUACAGUGAUAUUCUUCACAAUAUUGUUUCUUGAUUGAGAAUGAAUUUAAGUUGUUUAAUGCUUUAUCGUGAUCAUUUCAUGUCAGGUGAGUAAGUGGAUCUUAUCGAAGUUAAACUGGCGUUUGCGUCAAGGGCAGAGUUGUUAACAACAAUUGACAUGUGAUUAUUAAGUAACAUUAAACUGUGCAGCCACAAUAUUCUUAUUUUUACUAACAAAGCUGUAUAUUUAUCGUAAAUUUUUGUACUUGUGUAUUUACAUUACUUAUAUAACUGUAGAUAUCAGGGAAUGACUUGAUGUGUUAAAUGGAAAAAAAAAACUAUGGAUUUGUAGCUCAAUUAUAUCUCAUAAUUAUUUACUUAAUAAUAGAUGUAAGCUCAAACUUGGAUGUAACAAUACAAACGAAAUAUCUGAAUGUUGUCACUUGUCUGUUGAAAAACUGCUGUAUUUUUUUAUAUAAAUGAUAUUCAUCUGUUGUAUUUCUUGUCAAUCAUUGUACAAUUUUUUUUACUAACCGAUUAAACCUCCCCACACAAGUAUUAAUGUCACUAAUUAAUAGCUCGGUCUCAAUAUUAUAUUAUAUGUAUAAUAUAAAAAUCAUGAUUUAAUUAUACUGAAUAUUGUUUAAAAAAGUAACAAUGUUUAAUCAAUUAUUUUAAUCGAAUAAUUUGCCUUAAACCAAGACCUUUAUGAGGUUUUUCUAUGUAAUGAAUGUUUUAUAUCGGUGAUGGUUUUUUUUUUUAUUUAACUCUUUAAGUUGAAAAUGUAAAUGGUCCUUAAUUGUUUUUUUUUUCAAGAUUCGUAAUACUAAUGUCGAAGAUAGCACUAUUUGGGACACGCUGCACAGUGAAAUGUUUAAUAUACAAAGAUUUGUCAUAAAUGUUAUAAUUUAAGGGAAAACUAAACUAGAAAAUGUAUCUCUCAUGCAUUAAUUUAUUCAGUUUAUAUACAUGUUAUAACCAAGUGUUGUAGUGUAGCUUGAAUAAGUGUAUUAAUUGUAUUUCUAGCGCAAAGUGUGUAAUAUAUUUAUUAUUAUUUAUCGUUUAAAUAUCGAAAUGCAUACACAGUUUGAGGUGUUUUUAAUUUAUCUACUGUAAAGAUUGUAUACCAUACGUAAGAUCACACGAAUUAUUUACUUUAUAUAUAGAUAUUUAUAUAUUGAUUUCGACAUAUUACAUAUAUAUAUAUAUAUGUAUAUAUAUAAUAACUCUGUUGGCAAAUACUGCUUGAGCUUGAGUUUAAAUAUAAUUUAAACUUUGAAGAUAUAAUAUUAAGUUUCUAUUUUAACAAGAAGUUUUGCCAAAAAAAAUUGUAAUCGUAAAUGUCUUUUUUUAUUUGAAACCAAAGCUCAACUAUCCUUAAUUUGUCAUUGUACCUCUGUUUAUGUAGAUCAUCAGCUUUCGAUACAUUUGUACUAAUUUUCUGUUGAAUUAACCGUUUAUUAACUGAAAGCUAAUAAAAGAAACUUUAUUUAA